AUGUCUUCCGGACGCUCCUUCAAGCUUAACUCGGGCCACUCGAUUCCCGCCGUGGGACUGGGCACAUGGCAAUCUGGGCCCAACGAGGUCGCUCGCGCUGUUGAGCAUGCCCUGCGUCAUGGGUACCGCCACAUUGACGCCGCGGCCGUCUACGACAACGAGGAGGAGGUCGGUGCUGGCAUCAAGGCCUCCGGUGUUCCCCGUGAGGAGAUCUUCCUUACCUCCAAGCUCUGGAACACCCACCAUAAGGCGGAAGAUGUCGAAGAAGCACUCGACCAGUCCCUCGCCGAUCUUGGCACUGACUACGUCGAUCUGUAUCUCAUCCACUGGCCUGUUUCUUUCAGCAAGCCCGCCGAGAAAAAGCAGCGAUUUCCCCUCGCCGCCGAUGGCGGUGUCGAUGUCAUCGACGUGCCCGCUUCCGAGACAUGGAAGGCUAUGGAGGCCCUCGUGAAGAAGGGCAAGAUUAGGAGUAUCGGCGUUAGCAACUUCAGCAAAGCGAGGAUCGAGGACCUCCUCAAGACCGCCGAAAUCAAGCCCGCAGUCAACCAGAUUGAGGCGCACCCCUAUCUUCAGCAGCCCGAGCUUCUCGAGUGGUCCAAGCAGCAAGACACCUCAGAACUGCCUAUAGCCCGUCUGGAAACAAUAAUCUCAACCUUCCUAAGAGCGCUGGAUGACCUUGAAGUCGCGGCCAUCGCCAAGGAGGUGGCCGCCAGCCCGCCCAGGUCCUCAUUCAGUGGGCCGUCCAGCGCGGUACCGUCGUUCUCCCCAAAGUCUGUGACGCCGAGCCGCAUCGAGGAGAACUUCCAGGACUUUGAGUUGUCGGCUGCCGCUCUGGAGCGUAUCACAAGCUCGACAAGAACCACAGGUACAACAUGCCUGCUCGCUUGGGUGUCGACGUCUUCGGAGAGCACGACGAGGCUUUCUUGA